AUGACACCUGCUGAAAUAAAUAAAACGUAUAUUAAGUGGAUAGAUUACAGCUCUUGUAGGGAAUUUAUUGAUUCGUUGCAAAUAUCUACUCAAAAUUCUAGCGAUAUUGAGAGUUUCAUUAAUGAAAGUUCAGUUACUUUAGAACAUAAUGAACACGAUAAUUUUAUUAAAAUUUGUCAGGAAAUAAGAGAACUUUUUAACAAUAUGUCUUCUAAUGAUACUUAUAACAACAGGAAAUGUUGUAACUAUAUUAACUACUAUAUUAGACACCAAAUUAAAGUGUAUUUUCCUGAAAAGGAAAAAGAAAUUUUUAAUCAUCUUAAAAACUAUAUUGAAAGCAAUAAAAAUUAUGAAUCUUAUAAAACAUGUGUGCCGAAAAUAGAACAUAUAGGAAAUGCAGAAUUUAAUAAAUUGGAUAAAUUAUUUGAGCUAUAUGAUCUUUAUGAAUCCAUAUUAAAUCCGGAUUCAGAAGAUAAUGAUGAUCAUAAUGAUUGCGAAGAGUUAAAUGAUUUAAUUAAUGAUUAUAAUGAAAUUAUCAAAAAAUAUAAUGAAGAUAUAAAUUUACACAAAGAGUUAUAUAAUCUCAGAUGCUCAAUUGAAAAUAAUGAGUUAAUCAAUAAUAAUUGCAAAAGUAUGUUAAAUGGAAUGUCAGAAAAUAAAUAUAAAGCAUGGAAUAAAAAUGAAUGUAAUGAAUCUCAAGAAAAACUAUAUUUAAAGCAAUAUUCAGAAGGAAAAAAUACGUACUUAAGUAAUAAUACUUAUAUUCAACCUCUUAAUAUCAAUGUUAUAAUAGCAUCUACACUUAGUAGUGUAUUUUUAGGAACAGUACUUUAUUGUAUGUAUAAGAUUAAUACGUCAGGAAAUUAUUUACGAAAUCACAUUCCAAGAAUGAAAAGAAUGAAUAGAAAUAUAAAAGACGGAACAUACCAACAAGAAAUGUGUAACAGAAAACAUUAUCAUAGGAAUUUGAAAGAAAAAUGUUAUAAUGUAUCAUAUGUUUCAGAAAGGAAAUACUAA